AUGGAACAAGUAUCUCUUCCCUCUAAACACCCAGAUGACAUAGUAACCAAAAGCUUCUCAGCCGAAACACUUAGUUGCCCGAGCUCAGUAUCCUUCCGCACGACGUUCAAGUUCUCUGGAGACCCAGACACAUACGCGCAUUGUGACUGGUUCACUUCCGACGAAUAUUAUCGAGUCGGCACGUCCUGUAUCGGCAGUACGGCUUACUUCACCCAAUGGAUUGAAGAUGGCGUCAGUACCUCUUCUACACUGGUUUGCAACGGCGAUUGCGUGGCCAUCAGGUUGUACGAUAACCCCGACGAUUUGGAGGGUCUUCGAUGGCUGGUCAGCUGCGACGACUCCAUCGGUGUUUCAACCAGUAUCAGCACGUUAUUCUUAGACGAUCCAAUAGACUGGGACACCGCGACCGAAACCGCGACCGAAACCACGACAACUACAAGCGAGUCAUCGACCUCUGAGUCUGUGGGCGAAUCUUCAACGGACAUCGAGAUCAGCUCAUUCACCACAUUUCCGUCAAGUACAUCGGAACCAGAGGAGCCAGAGAGUCCUACCGGUGGAGAGACCAAAGGCAGUGAUGGGCCUAGUGGAGGUGUCAUCGCUGGUGCUGUCGUCGGUUCAAUCGCAGGCGUAUCCCUCAUUGUCGGUGUCGUCAUCUUAGCUUUCAGGAUGGGAAGGAGAAGCCGAGGCGAUGGCGAGAGGCCAGGUGGCGGCAUCAGAGAUUCAUUGAGGUCUGUACCAAUGCCAACUAGGGCCUUCCAAGAACCUGAGCCGAAGCCGCCUGUUCCGGUCAUUCAGCCAGUAUUUGUACAGGAUAGCCAACCGUACCACAAUAAUAGUGAGAGCUAG